CUGGAGAUCCCCAAAGCCAAGGGGCCCGACGUAAAGCGCCAACCACCACCACUCUUCCGCAAAGGCCGCCUGCUCCAUUCGCUCUCCCCAGAUCCGCCCGGCAAUCGCACGCGGCUCUGCACUCCGCCGGACCCAGAAUCUUGUUGCCCGCCCUGAGCAGCGUCAUUAGCGCAUCGAACGGCUGACGGCCGCGGCGGGAGACCGAAGCAACUGCCCGUCUUCUACGUGUAGCUAUCUCGCUACACCUAUCCAUCAACAUCCAGACGGCCACACCACAGACACCAUGGCGACCUUCCUAGACAACGCGUACAGCCUGGUCCACCUGGACAAUGCGGCGGACCAGCCGACGCUGCAGGAGCUCAAGACGCAGCUGGAGAAGGGAACGGAUGAUACCAAGAUCGAGACAAUGAAGAAGGUCCUUACGAUCAUGCUGAACGGCGACCCUAUGCCCGGCCUGCUCAUGCACAUAAUCCGCUUCGUGAUGCCAUCGAAGAGCAAGCCGCUCAAGAAGCUCCUCUACCUGUACUACGAGAUAUGUCCGAAGCACGACGCCAAUGGCAAGCUUAAGCAGGAGUGGAUUCUGGUCUGCAACGGCAUGCGAUUCGACCUGCAGCAUCCCAAUGAGUACAUCCGUGGCAACACCCUCCGCUUCGUGUGCAAGUUGAGGGAUGCUGAACUUGUCGAGCCUCUUCUUCAGCCUGCCAGGCAAUGUCUUGAGCACCGCCACGCUUAUGUGCGCAAGAACGCCGUCUUCGCAAUUGCGUCGAUAUAUCAGCACCUUGAGGCUCUUAUUCCUGACGCGCCCGAGCUUCUCCUGAACUUCUUGGAGGAAGAGAACGAUCACACUUGCAAGAGGAACGCUUUCGCGGCGUUGGCUUCGAUUAGCCACGACAAAGCCCUAGAAUACCUCAGCGGUGUGUUCGAUGGUAUUCCCAAUGCGGACGAGCUGCUGCAGUUGGCGGAGCUCGAGUUCAUCCGUAAGGAUGCCGUGACGAAUCCCCAGAACAAGGCUAGGUACCUUCGCCUUAUAUUCGAUCUCCUCGAGGCCAACACCUCUACCGUUGUCUACGAAGCUGCUUCCUCUCUUACCGCCCUCACGAACAACCCCGUUGCUGUAAAGGCUGCGGCCUCCAAAUUCAUCGAGCUUAGCAUUAAAGAGCCUGACAACAACGUUAAGUUGAUUGUCCUGGAGAAGGUCGACCAGUUGAGGCAGAAGAAUGAAGGCAUUUUGGAUGACCUUACCAUGGAGAUCCUUCGUGUGCUCUCCAGCCCUGAUCUUGACGUACGCAAAAAGGCAUUGGAACUUGCUAUGGAAAUGGUCUCGAGCAAGAAUGUCGAAGAAGUGGUCAUGCUGCUCAAGAAAGAACUUUCCAAGACGGUGGAUGAGCAGUACGAAAAGAACACUGAAUACCGCUCUCUCCUUAUUCACUCUAUUCACCAAUGUGCCAUCAAAUUCUCCGAGGUCGCCGCCAGCGUCGUCGAUUCGCUCAUGGACUUCAUUGCAGACUUCAACAACGCCUCUGCCGUGGAUGUCAUUUCCUUCGUAAAGGAGGUCGUAGAGAAGUUCCCUGACCUCAGACCAUCUAUCGUUGGACGGUUAGUGUCGACUCUCAGCGAGGUCCGGGCAGGCAAAGUGUACCGCGGAGCACUGUGGAUCGUGGGAGAGUAUUCUUUGGAAGCGACGGACAUUCGGGAAGCAUGGAAGAGAAUACGUGCAAGCUUGGGCGAGAUCCCCAUUCUGGCUUCUGAGCAACGUCUGUUGGAAGAGGUUCCCGAUGGACAGCCCGACCCCAAGGACCAAGUCAACGGCAACGCCAAAUCCGCGCCAACUGGAUCUCGCAAGGUUCUUGCGGAUGGUACGUAUGCUACGGAAAGCGCCCUAACCAGCCAGGCAGCGGUCAAGGCGAAGCUUGAAGCCGUCAAAGCUGCCCAAAAACCUCCUCUCAGGCAGCUUAUCCUGGAUGGAGACUACUAUCUGGCAACUGUUCUCUCCUCGACUUUGACCAAGCUUGUCAUGCGCCAUUCCGAAAUUUCCCAGGAUUCUGCUCGGACGAACGCCCUCCGCGCCGAGGCUAUGCUUAUCAUGAUUUCCAUCAUCCGCGUUGGUCAGUCUCAGUUUGUGAAGACUCCCAUUGAUGAGGACUCGAUCGACAGAAUUAUGUCAUGCGUUCGCUCGCUGGCGGAGUUCGCACAGAAGAAAGAGCUUGAAUCGGUCUUCCUGGACGACACCCGGAAAGCUUUCCGAACAAUGGUGCAAUUCGAGGAGAAGAAGCGUGCCGCGAAGGAGGCUGUCGAGAAAGCAAAGACUGCGGUCCAGGUUGACGAUGUGAUUCCCAUCAGGCAACUGGCCAAGAAAAACACCAUUGACGGCGCAGAUGAGAUUGACCUUGACUUGGAGAAGGCAACCGGAGGCGACAGUGCAACGGAAGACUUGUCUUCCAAGCUUAGCAGAGUGGUCCAACUCACGGGUUUCUCCGAUCAGGUCUAUGCCGAGGCCUACGUCAAGGUGCACCAGUUCGAUAUCGUUUUGGACGUUCUACUGGUCAACCAGACCAUGGACACCUUGCAGAACCUCUCCGUCGAAUUUGCUACGCUUGGUGACCUGAAGGUUGUCGAGCGCCCGACUACGCAAAACUUGGGUCCCCACGACUUCUUGAACGUGCAGGCUACUAUCAAGGUUUCGUCAACGGAUACUGGUGUCAUCUUCGGCAAUGUUGUCUAUGAUGGCGCAAGCUCUCUCGACACCAACGUUGUCAUCCUUAACGACGUGCACGUUGACAUCAUGGACUACAUCCAGCCAGCGCACUGCACGGAAACCCAAUUCAGAACCAUGUGGACCGAGUUCGAAUGGGAGAACAAGGUCAACAUCAACUCCAAGGCUAAGUCGUUGCGCGAAUUCCUUAAACAGCUAAUGGCCAGCACGAACAUGAGCUGCCUCACUCCCGAGGCCUCGAUGAAGGGCGAUUGUCAGUUCCUUAGCGCGAACUUGUAUGCUCGCAGCGUUUUCGGCGAGGAUGCUCUGGCCAACCUAAGCAUUGAGAAGGAGGGAGAAGACGGGCCUGUGACGGGUUUCGUGCGGAUCCGGUCUCGCUCGCAGGGACUGGCACUGGCUCUGGGCUCGCUCAAGGGUAUCAACAAGGCGGGCGAGUCGUAGACGGAGAUACGGUUAUAGCCUGGGGUCGCUUGGAAAUGAGCGCAGCGCGACGGCAGAGCAUGAUAAUUACCUAAGCGCGUGGAUGAUGACAUGGAUGCCUUUGAGACGUGGACGUAUGGUAGAGGCUGUUUUGCUUGCAUAUGCGGCGGAGAACAGCGUAGGACGAACUGUUAGUUAAUGGCACUGCUUUACUUCGUGGUUGGAUGCGGCUCGGCUCGGCUGGAGGC